AUGCGCCCAGUCAUCUUUAUCCGGCCUAUUUGUCUCCCCAAAACACCUCACUAUGUUCCACUUUGGCAACGUUAUGUGGAAUAUCCUAAAUUUACCCCGGGUGAUCCAAGACCACGGUGUUUUCUGCCUCCCUACUGGAUGAAAAUGCUUUAUCCGGGACCUCAUAACCCACCAGAUCAUGUUGUAUUCAAAGUACAUCCGCAAAUGACCAAGUAUGAUGUACAACAAUAUUUGGAAAAAAUCUACAACGUCCCUGUCGUGCAUGUUCGUGUCAAACCAGUUUUUCAUGACUUGGAACCAAAUGACCAGCCUACAGAAAAAAUGCUUCAACGGGUAGGAAAUCCUUUUAUGUUUCCGCCGAAACCGGAACGUUAUGAGAAACUGGCUUACGUUCGUUUGGCACCCGGAACAACUUUUGAAUUUCCCGACCUGUUCAAAACAAAACGAACUUCUGACGCGCUAGAUGCGUUCGAUACUGCAAAAUUGGAAUCCGAAUCGGAAGAAAGUGCAGAAACAACCAAGCUGGCGACUGUCCGUACCGAGUCAGACGAAACAAAAUCUCCCGCGGUGUCCGCUGAUGAGGUGAAAUUACAGGCCCGCGGUCUUCCGACUUGGUUUAGUCGGUAG